GCAUCUAUUAAAUGGAAACCUACAUGUCAUUUGUGGCAGCUAAUUCUCUGUUUGUUGAUGACUUAAUGUUCUUUCUUAGUCAUAAGCAAAUAAUGGAAUUUUUGUAAAUUGUAGUCAUUUGUCAAAGUCUAUAAAAUCUUUCAAUUGAAUCUUGUUAUCUUGCAUUACACAUUUCCUGCUUCAUGGUUUAGCUUGUUGGAGAUGGAGCUGUACACUUUAUUGUUUUUGUGUAAAUAAAAUAGCGGUUUUGCUUUUUUAACCAGGCUGACAACCAUUUAUUCAAUCUCUCUUUUCUCCAUCCAGUAUUCCAGGGUACAAAACUAUAAGAUAUUCAAAUAUAAGCAUUUGUUUAGCUGGGGCAAAAAAAGUUGCUAUUAUGGUUUGGUGUUCAAACAAAUCUGUCACAACAUUAUUUUUCAUACUCACCUUUGCAGCAUCAGGAGUUAGAAGCAGCAGCAGUGGAGAUAGUGAUGUCCGAGGCAAAUCAUCUCCUGAAGCCCUUGAAGCCAAUCAAGUUGAUGCUCCCACAACAACAGUUUCUAAGCCAGCCUCAUGCUUGCCACUCAACUGCACUGACCCUCAUAAUGAGUCAAUUGACAACUGCCCCACUUCAGGGACCAGCAGUUCAGACACGGCUGUGAAGUGCAGUGACUUGCCUGCUGACUGCUUGCUCUGCAACUUCAACUGCACUUGUGUUUAUGGAGAAAAGCUCAAUGUGACUUGCAGACCAAAGCCCAAAGUCUCCUGUACCCCAGGUGGUACAGGAAGUAUUGGCCAUGAAGUUGUGAAAGAAAUGGUGUGUCAGUAUUGCUACCAAACGGAGGAGUGGCAGCACUUCUGUACGGGCUACAGCAAAUGUAACUCAGUUGACACACCUCGGCCGCUGUACACAUCAAAUUGCACGGUGGGACGCGAUGUUGUGUGCCUUGGGCGGCGUAACUUCUUGAAGAGGCGUGAAUGCAACUGGACUUCAGGCUAUCACUGGAGCUCUGCCCUCUUCCUCUCCAUCACGCUGGGUGGCUUCGGCGCUGACAGGUUCUACUUGGGACAUUGGCAAGAAGGCAUCGGCAAGCUGUUCAGCUUCGGAGGUCUUGGCGUGUGGACCAUCAUAGACGUCAUCCUCAUCGCCAUCAGAUACCUGGGUCCUGCUGAUGGGUCCUUGUACGUCUAACUUCAAAUUUUAAUCUCAUAAUCUUACUUCACUCGAUAAUUCUAGCUUUGGAAUAAAGUAUAUUUUUCCGUGAGAGAAUUUCAAAUUCGUUAUUUAAAAUCUCGACUAUAUUUUAUAUGUGAAUGAAAGAUUGCUCUCAUUACCUGAAAAGAAACCAUGGAAACGACAUUCCACGUCAUAUUCAGAAUAAAAAAACUGUUUGUGAAUCGAAACUGUUCGUGAACACUUGAUGCUUUCUCACGUUUUUGAAAACUUGGUUUUCAACAUUGAUACACAAGGUAUAUUAUUAAUGAUUCUUGUCCCUGUCAAAUAACUCAAGCGACCUUUUUGUUCAUUUUGAUAAUUUUGCAGCCGUUGGUUUUUUUUUUAUAGU